UUGUCCAUAUUUAGCAGAGCAUGUGACUCCAGCUAUACCAGCAGUGGGUGGGGCAUUGUUUAUUUUUGUCAUGGCAACAUUAUUUCGCACAAGCUUCAGUGAUCCUGGAGUAAUUCCAAGGGCAACACCAGAUGAAGCUGCUGACAUUGAGAGACAAAUUGAUAUUCCUAACAGCUCAGUUCCUGGGGCAUACCGACCCCCUCCCCGUACUAAGGAAGUGGUGAUAAAAGGUCAAGUGGUCAAGCUGAAAUACUGCUUUACAUGUAAAAUAUUCAGGCCACCAAGAGCCUCACAUUGUAGCCUAUGUGAUAAUUGUGUUGGUAAGUAGAUUAAAAUCCUCUU